AUGGCAAACUUCACGAAUGAAAAAGAGCUCGAGGAUAUUGUCCACCAAAUGGGUCAGAACAUUCGAAGUACAGCUCAAUUGGCACAGUUGAAAAAUGGUAAGAAUUUAUUGCAAAUAAAACAUGACAUAAAUUUGUUCUUCUCAGAAAUCAACAGAUAUUUGAACGAAGAAUCAUGUGUUUCGGAAGAAGAUGAGAAUCCACUCAAUGAGUCUCUUUUUGCUUCACUUUCAAUCGAUCCAGCUGCCCAAUUCCUUCAAAGACAACGAGAUUUCUCUGAUGAGAGAGCAUCCAUCCAAUCUCCAAUCGUUUCUAGAAGAAGAGCAGGAAAGAAGUGUGUCUACGAAAACGUUGAGUUCCAAAACGAUUUUGGAGAUGAAAGCCUUCGAGAAAAUAUCGAAGCCAAGUCGCUGAUCGAUCAAGCGUGGCGAAGCAUUCAUCGAGCAUAUGAGAGGUGUCGAGCUCCAAGUGAGGAGGAGGAUGAAAUUACAUCCGGCGAGCAAGAAAUGCACGAUGAAGAUGAAGUGGAGGGCGAAGAGGACAUCGCAGAAUCAAUUUCAGUUGGGAGAAGCACUGAAUCAGAUCCAUCCGAAGUUCAGAAACCAAGAGAGCUUAUCAUAGAUCCUAGUGUUCGUCCUGUUCGGUCUCCGAAGCCUGGAAGAGUACCAUACAAGUUUGAUCCUGUUACUAGGUACCAUCUCUACAAAACUGAAUGGGAUCGACAUCCGGCUCCAGGAGAAAUGCGUCGUCUGUCACUGCGCUGGAAAGUUCGGGAAUUCAUGCUCCGUCACGACGUUCCUCGUUUGAAUUCUAAUCCAGAUGGUAUAGCGAAUCACGAGAAGGAGUGGUCUCCAAAACCAUAUAUGGAUUGA